AUGGGCUCCGUCUCGAAUCACAGCUAUUUUGGAAAUGACCCGGACUCCUCUGAAGAUCAGUCUUUUUCUUUGUUUGACGUCCGCAUUUUGGUGCCUGUGACUAUAAUUUCCAUUGUCCUGUUUUUCUUGGGAGUCUCUGGGAAUUUGAUAACGAUAGUAAUUUUCAGACGCUCGCAGGAGAUGAGGACGACAGUGAGCAUGUACCUGUCCAGCAUGGCGCUGUCAGACAUGCUGAUUUUCCUUGGCCUGCCUUCGGACCUCUAUCGCCUUUGGAAGUACAAGCCCUACAUAUUUGGGGAUUUUCUCUGCAAGUUCUUCAUUUACCUGAGCGAAACGUGCACGUACUGCACCAUCCUGCACAUUACCACGGUGAGCGUGGAAAGGUACUUUGCCAUCUGCUUUCCCCUGAAAGCCAAAGCGACCAUCACCAAGUGCCGGGUGAAAUGGGUCAUCCUGGUGCUGUGGGGCUUCUCUCUCCUGACCGCCGGCCCCAUCCUCUUCCUCUUCGGGGUGGAACACCGUAACGGCAGCCUGCCCCAGGAGAGCUGGGAGUGCAGGUCCAUCGAGCGCAUGGCCCGCACGGGGCUGCUCGAGACAAUGACCUGGGUCUCCACCAUUUAUUUCUUUCUGCCAAUGCUCUGCUUGACUCUGCUGUACGGACUCAUCUGCAGGAAGCUCUGGAGGAGCGGGCAGCAGCUGUCGGGCCGCCAGGCUGCGGCCAGGAAAAGGUCCCACACGCAGACUGUCAAAAUGCUGGCCGUCGUAGUCUUGGCCUUUGUGCUGUGUUGGCUCCCAUUCCAUGUCGGCCGAAUCCUCUUUGCCCAGAGUGAAAUCAUCUUGUAUGACCUCACGCAGUACUUCAACCUCAUUGCCAUGCUUCUCUUCUACCUUGGGGCUUCUAUAAACCCCAUACUUUACAACGUCAUGUCACACAAAUACAGGAAAGCGAUGAGCAAAAUCCUGCACCACAAGCAAACGCGGCGCUGCAGGAGCCUGGCCAGGAGUGAAAAGGGUUUUUUUGAAGAAGCCAAGGGAGAGAAAGUGGAGGUUAAAGCCAGGCCAGCUGUUGGCUCUCAGCAAAUAAGCAUAAGAAAUACAAUCUGUAAGGAAUUUGAAAGAAAAGCGCUCUCCGCAAAGUCAGACCCCGUCUCUGAGGAGAAGCCAUUCCUUGCCUUUGGAGCUCACCUGAAUGGACCAGGACAAACGACACGUGUGGGUGACAGCCGGGGAGAGAAGCGGGAGCGGACAGCCUUUGCCCAUCUCCCUCGUUUGUAA